CAUAUCACUGCAGCCAGCUCAGACCCGCCUCCCAACUGACUCCAGCUUCCCUGCUCUCCACUCAGCAAAAGCAUCAGAGUACAAGAAGCUCUGCUAGCACCCACACUCCUAGCCAAGAGGAGUCCAUUUCUGAUAGAAGCUGCCCAUCUUCAAGGAAAGAUGACCCAGAGGACUACCCUGGUGCUCCUUGCUCUAGCUGUCAUCACCAUCUUUGCCUUGGUCUGUGUCUUGUUAGCUGGUAGGAGUGGAGAUGGGGGUGGGCUGAGCCAGCCUCCCCAUUGCCCCUCCAUUCCUCCUACUGCCCAGCCCUGGACAAAUCCUGGUCAGAGCCAGCUGUUUGCAGACCUGAGCCCUGAGGAGCUAACAGCUGUGAUGAGCUUUCUGACCAAGCACCUGGGGCCAGGGCUGGUGGAUCCAGGCCAGGCUCAGCCCUCGGACAACUGCGUCUUCUCAGUGGAGCUGCAGCUGCCUGCCAAGGCUGCAGCCCUGGCCUACCUGGACAGAGGGGGCCCCCCACCUGCCCGGGAGGCGCUGGCCAUCAUCUUCUUUGGUGCACAACCCCAGCCCAAUGUGACUGAGCUGGUGGUGGGGCCCCUGCCUCGGCCGUCCUACAUGCGGGAUGUGACUGUGGAGCGACAUGGUGGCCCCCUGCCCUAUUACCGGCGUCCUGUGACAGCCAGAGAGUAUCAUGAUAUCAACCAGAUGAUCUUCCACAAAGAGCUGCCCCAGGUGUCUGGACUCCUCCACCAUUGUUGCUUCUACAAACACCGGGGACACAACCUGCUAACAAUGACCGCAGCACCCCGUGGUCUGCAAUCAGGCGACCGGGCCACCUGGUUUGGUGUGUAUUACAACCUCUCAGGGGCUGGGUUUUACCCACACCCUAUUGGCUUGGAGCUCCUGGUGAACCACAAGGCCCUGGACCCGUCCCUCUGGACCAUCCAGAAAGUAUUCUAUCAAGGCCGCUACUUUGACAGUCUGGCUCAGCUGGAGGAUUACUUUGAGACUGGCCUGAUAAAUGUGGUAUUGGUACCAGACAAUGGCACAGGUGGGUCCUGGUCCCUAAAAUCCCCAGUGCCACCAGGCCCAGCUCCUCCUUUGCAGUUCCAUCCCCAGGGGCCCCGCUUCAGUGUCCAGGGAUACCGAGUGGCCUCCUCACUGUGGACUUUCUCUUUUGGCCUUGGAGCUUACAAUGGCCCAAGGGUCUUUGAUGUUCGCUUUCAAGGGAAGAGGGUGGCCUAUGAAAUCAGUGUCCAGGAGGCCAUAGCCCUGUACGGUGGCAAUUCUCCAGCAGCAAUGUUGACCUGCUACAUGGAUGGUAACUUUGGCAUUGGAAAGUAUUCUACAUCCCUGACGCGCGGGGUGGACUGUCCUUACCUUGCCACCUACUUGGACUGGCAUUACCUUCUGGAAUCUCAGACCCCCAAGACACUACGUGAUGCGUUUUGUGUGUUCGAACAUAACCAGGGCCUCCCGCUACGUCGACACCACUCAGAUUUCUACUCCUACUAUUUUGGGGGUGUCGUGGAUACAGUGCUUGUGGUUAGAUCUGUGUCUACUCUGCUCAAUUAUGACUAUGUGUGGGACAUGAUCUUCCACCCCAACGGGGCCAUAGAAGUCAAAUUCCAUGCCACAGGCUACAUCAGCUCAGCAUUCUUCUUCGGUGCUGGUGAAAGGUUCGGGAACCGAGUUGCCGAGCACACGCUAGGCACGGUGCAUACCCACAGUGCUCACUUCAAAGUGGACCUGGAUGUGGCAGGGCUGAAGAACUGGGCCUGGGCAGAGGACAUGGCUUUUGUCCCCACAAAUAUACCUUGGCGUCCUGAUUAUCAGAUACAGAGGCUGCAGGUGACUCGGAAGCUGCUGGAGACAGAGGAUGAGGCUGCCUUCCCCCUGGGCGGUGCCACCCCACGCUACCUGUACCUGGCCAGUAACCACAGCAACAAGUGGGGUCAUAGGCGAGGCUACCGCAUCCAGAUAUUCAGCUUUGCUGGGGAACCACUGCCCCAGAAAAGCCCCAUAGAGAAAGCCUUCAGUUGGGGGAGGUACCACUUUGCUGUAACCCGGAGGAAGGAGGAGGAGCCUAGCAGCACUAGCAUCUUCAACCAGAAUGACCCAUGGACCCCCACUGUGGAUUUCGCUGACUUCAUCAGCAAUGAGACCAUUGCUGGGGAGGACUUGGUAGCCUGGGUGACAGCCGGUUUUUUGCACAUCCCACAUGCAGAAGACAUUCCCAACACGGUGACUGUGGCUAAUGGGGUGGGUUUCUUCCUCCGACCUUACAACUUUUUUGAUGAGGACCCCUCCUUCUACUCUGCUGAUUCCAUCUAUUUCCAGGAGGGCCAGGAUGCCAGUGCCUGUGAGGUCAACCCCCUGGCUUGCCUGUCCCAGACUGCCUCCUGUGCCCCUGACCUCCCUGGCUUCUCUCAUGCAGGCUUUACUUACAAUUAAGUGUCCCCUGGAUGGGCAGUCUAGCCAAGGUCCCUGGGGUAAGGGCCGGGGAGUAGAGCGACAGCUGGUCAUGCUGCCCUCUCUGUAACCCUCUAUCUUCCUGGAGCAACCUGAGCCCUUGAUGCCUGACGCACAGGGACACUGGGCUUUGUUCAUCUUGGCCGUACUGAGUUCCUGCCUUGGGAGAAGAGUAGCCUGUCUAGGAACCUGGAGUGAAGGCUAAGGGUUUUUUCCAGAUGGUUCCUUUUUUUUUAAUCUUCUUUGGAUUUUAUUAAAAUAUUUUUAUAGUCAUUUUGAGGGCUCAGAAAUAAGGAUAAUUCUCUAGCGACUCCAAAGCAGAGUCUCUCUGAGUCUUGAACAUCCACAUUGACCUGGAGGAUUCCUGCACUCUCUUCUUCACUUAAAGCCUCUUUUCUCUCCUUCCUCUUUCUUGCCCUCCCCUCCUGGAGUGUCCUGCUUGUUGUUUGCAGUCUAGAAUUUCCCACUCAGUCCAAAAGGGAUGUCCAUUCUUUGUGUUCUCUUGGCCCUCAUUUCUUAACUGCAGUCCAUUCUCCCGGUCCCGAGUCUGUGGACGUCUCAUGGAUGUAAUGGGAUGUCUUAUUGGGAAGGACCAAGCUUGUCUAUCCCCUAACAUCUAUCACAUGUCAAGAGUGGGAGUUGUCCCUGCUACAGUUCUGCUUUGCACUCUCUACAAGAAGACAGCAGGUGGCUUGGAGUUGCUGUGAUUAUAACACAUGGUCAUUUUAUUUCGACUCUGAGUGCCCUGCAGUAGCCAGUUUGGGACAGUGGAGGAGGAAGAGUGUGAGACGCAUCAAGGGUGAGGAAGGGACAAGGGCUGUCCAAUCAGAAGCAGGCAUGCAAACAAGCAUGGUAGAGGGCAAUGGCCUGGUGGGAACUGCUUCAGGGUUUCCUAUCACUGGUUGGUUUUCCUGAGAUCUGAACAGGGAACAGUACAAAGUAACGCCAAGUGAUUGGAAACAGAUCUAUCAUUCCUGAGCAGAGUGACCAGGCCUGGUCCAUUGUGAUACAGUUUUGCAGUGCAAUCCGACUAAGCUAAAAAUUGUCUUAUGUUAUUACAUGUUGCUAGGAAGUAACCUUCAAGGGGAAAGAGCAUGUAGAAACGUUUAUAGUCCACUCCCUGCUUGCGUUUUUAAAGGGAGGAGAUUAUAGAAGGAUGUGAGAGUGCACGGCUGUAAUCCCAGACUCCGGGUGGGGGCCUUGACUGAGCUACACAGUGAGACCUUAUCUCACAAAACCAAGGGCUAGAAAUGUGACUCUGGUAGAAUAACCAAGGCGCAGUUUUACUAUCUAUGCAUAUAUGUGUGUAUUUGCCCAUCAUGUACAAGGUAUUGGGUUGAAUUCUCAGCACCAUUACAAAGGAAAGAAAGGCACUGGAGAGAGAGCUCAGUGGUUAAGAGUGCACACACUGCUCUUGCAGGGGACCCAAGUUCAAUUCCCAGUGUCCACAGUAAGUGCUCACAACUACCUGUAACUCCAGCUCCAGCAGGUACAAUGUCCUUUUCAUGGACACCUAUACAUAUGCACAUACUCCCACCACAGAUGCAUAUAUAUAUAUACAUACAUAUAUAAAUAAAAAGACAAGAAAAUUAAAAAAUGA